GACUUAGGAAAAUUCAAUAGGAAAUGCUUUAUAACAGGAAUCUUGAAUACAUCAACUAUAAAAACUCAAGAUCUAUUAUGAAGACAUCAAGAAUCUAGCUUAAGGUGUAAAAGUGAGAAGAGAAAUGCUAUUAGAAGAAUACUAUAAUCAAAUCAGAGCAACAUAUAGACCCCUUCACGGUUUACGUCACAGAAGAAUUCGCGGUUCGCACUGCGCAUAACGGGGUCAGAACGGUCAUUUCCAUCUAGUUGAGUUUCGUCAAAAUGCCUACUUGUUGCGUCGUCGGAUGUGAAAAUCGCACCAGCUCUGGAGUUAAAUUUUUUAGGAUUCCUGCAGGAUCUCAUCCAUUUCAAAAGAAUAGACGAAAUCUGUGGCUGCGAGCAAUUAAACGUGCAGAUUGGGACAAUGCAAAGGUUAAAGAGGCUCGUGUUUGUAGUGCUCACUUCAUUUCAGGAGAGGCGUCACUUGAUUCCAGUAGUCCUGACUUUGUUCCCUCCUUGUUUGUGUACAAAAAACAAACGCAGAUACCCGAGUCAAAAAUGGAAAGGUAUCACAGGAAAAUGAAGAGAGAUGAAUACCCUAAAAUGCAACCUGCUCCUUCCACGGCUGAAAUGGAACAAGACUGUCCCAUUGAUCAUUGCAGUGAUGAGGAGGAAGCUGAAGUGAACCACCCAGUGUCGAGAGAGGAAUAUGAUGAUCUUUGCGUUAGACAUCGUCAACUGCAGGAAGACUACAUCAACCUGCAGCAGGACUGUUUUAAAUUACGCCGUGAGAAUGAAGGAUUAAGUCAAGAAUUACAGAAUUCAAAAUUUUCAUACAGAAAUGUUAAGAGUAACAUUGGACAAUUACUGUUUUUCACUGCACUGACCUCUGUAAUCUUUGAAUGGCUCCUAAAAAAAUUAAGUGGCAGUAUUGAGGUAAGUCACCAAGCCCUUCCUCUAGAGGACCAAUUGUUGAUGGUCUUGAUGAAAUUAAGGAUGGGCCUCAGUAACACUGAUCUAGCAUAUAGAUUUCAUGUAACACCAAGCACUGUAUCAAAUAUUUAUCGGAUGUGGAUCUCUGUUAUGUCUUUGGUCCUCAAGCCAUUAAUUAAAUGGCCAAAUAAGGGAGCUAUACUUAAAAAUAUGCCCAAAAUGUUCAAACGACACUUCAAAAAAUGUCGCUGCAUAAUAGACUGCACAGCAGAGGCGAUUCUAGGGUUAGAGCUUUAGGGGUGCUGAGCACCCAAUGAGCUCUGCUGCCACCACCCGCUCUUUUUUCCUACAGAAACCAAUAAUAUGUAUAUUGUAAAAUAGCUUUCAUUUUAACAUUGGUUCAACUAACUCCAAAAUAAAGAUUUUUUGGAGACCUUUCAGGCAUGAAAAUGGGUCAGGGGUGAAAAAGAUGAGAAGAAUAUUACCCCUAGGGUCCGGGAGCAUGCUCCCCCUUAGAAUUUUUUUAAAAUUACAUAUUUUAAAGCAUCAAUCUGGUGAGUUUUCAGAUGCAUUUUUUGCCAACCUUUUUAUUUCUAAUUAAUGGUGAGCUAGCACAUUUUUGCCAUUAAUGCCAUAUUAAAGUCUCAGGACAAAAGGUGGGCUACAGCAGCAGUGUGGGUAUGGCUUUAUGUGAAUAUACAGUGUAUCGUUUGCCUUUGUCAAAAUGACAAAUCUCCUAAUUUAUAACUUUUAUGCCUACAACAUAUGGUAGGUUUAUUAAUAGUUUGUUAAUUUGCAGCUUUUCUUUUAACAGUCCUUUAAUUGAACCAUUACCUUUACUAUAUGUCUAAAACAAAACACUUGUGACUCCUGCACUAAGGGUUAAAGACGUUAUCACCUUCAUAUUAGUCUACAUGUGACAAACUAGACAGUUAGUGAUUUCACACAUAACUUACCGGUAGCCUACUGGUGGUAUACAGUGAUAUGUAGUUUGUUUUCACUCUGUUCCAAACGCCAUGUUUUCAUGAGGACUGACCAGAAAAGACGCCCGUGAUGUCAUGUUUACAUGACUCCCGAUUGUUAAAAUAAGUCUCAAAUUAACGAUAAAUCAUACAAUAAACUUUAACAACAGAGACACACGUAUGCAACUACCCACUGAGACGCACUGCAUGCGUCUUGCGGAAGAACAUUGUAACCGGCGCUACUUCUCUCCGUUUAAGUCUAUGGACGAGUCACCCAGGUACUGUGCUACUCCGCAGCGCGCGGGUACCCGCCGGACUUAAAUAAUCCGAAAAUAAACACUUAUUAUACGUGUACCAUGGUGAUUCAUUAUAAGACAAAAACACGACUUGAAAGAUUGAUUCGUGAUGUACUCGCUCAUUAUAAACAUAACGUAAACAUUUUGUAAGAUUUGAACAAAAAAGUUGCAUCACAACACUAUCUGAUUCUCACUCUGCGUGUGUUUCACGCUGAAUGACGAACGGGCUAAGCGAUGCAGGUACAGAGAAGUAGAAGAGGAUGACACCAUUUGCUAAGCGGGGAGGUUUUCAUUUUCUACCUUAUUAUAUAUUUUAAACCACAAACUACGGAGUAUGUUUUGGACAUUAUUUAACCUGGUCAAAGACGAACGAACAUUUUAGAAUAAUUAAAUUUCUUGCCCCAAGUUUUAAGGGUGCUGAGCUCCUUUUUAGGGGUGCUGAAGCACCCCUAAAAAGGGGCUAGCCUCGCCCAUGCUGCACAGAGAUCUUUAUAGCCCGACCUAGUAAUUUGACGGCAAGGGCCCAGACCUGGUCUAAUUAUAAGCACAAUAACACAGUAAAAUAUUUGAUCGCCAUCACACCUGCUGGGGCAAUUUCGUUUUUGUCUCCAGGGUGGGGUGGACGGGUUUCUGAUAAACAGAUCACCAAAGAGUCAGGUUUCCUGGAACUGUUGGAGCCUAUGGAUGAGGUUUUAGCUGAUAGGGGAUUUUUAAUACGGGAUGAGCUUGCAGCAAUUGGUGCCACUCUUCGUAUUCCUCAUUUUACUAAAGGGAAAAAGCAACUGUCUGCAGGAGAAGUAGACACAUCCAGACAACUAUCUCGGGUUAGGAUUCAUGUUGAACGUGUCAUUGGUCGGUGGAAAAAUUUUAAGAUUUUACAAACUGUUAUUCCUGUGUCUCAGGUUGAUAUGUUAGAUGAUGUAGUGAUUGUGUGCGCUGCACUAACAAACCUCUGUAAAAGUGUGGUUCCCAAAGGCAGAGUUUCCAAAUAACUCAUUCAUUUGAAAUGUUUAAUGAUUAAUGCUAUUUUGCUUUUGUAUAUUGUCAAAAUAUAUAACAUUGUUUCUGGUUAUGUUCCAUUAAAGAAAAUCAUAUUAUGGAAGUAACAAUUACUGUCACUUGUUUUAUUUAAUCUAACACAUAAGAAAUGAAAUUGUAAAGAAACAAUAACAAGUGCAUCUGUAUACAAACAACAAAAUGCAUUCUCCAAAAUUUUUUUAACAGAAUACAUAAAUUAAAUGGUAGCUUCUGCCAUUGGCAAAGAAAACAGUUAUUUGUUUUGACAUUCACUGCAUAACCAAGUUGCUGACUUCCUUUUGAUCCUUGCACAGCUGUAAUGGA